GACAUACUGGUGUGAUUGUUUCAGAUCUUUUCCCAAUGGCUCUUCCUCUCACCCUGAAACAUUUGCUUUUAGCUAUUGCUCUGCUCUAUAUAGCUGUUUCCUGCUGUCAAGCACAACAGGCUGACCCAGUUCAAAUUGUUGCUAGAGCAGCACUUUGUUUUGAUAAUCGAACUGUACUUAACAACUGCCUGACAUCAAUGGGAAUCAAUAUUCCGGGCCAGAAUUCUACCGCCAAUAAUACUUCCGGCCAGAAUUCUUCCACCAGUUCAGCUCAACAAAAUAAUUCUACAACUGCUCUCUGCAAUGCGCCUUGUUUUGGUGCAAUGAUGCUGAUGACCAAUUGCGUUGAUGGCAUUCUCUCAAACUUCCAAUUCUACAACCCAGGAUUGAUGCAAGGGGUGCGAGCUAUAUUUCAAACUGCAUGUGGAAAUAAUAACAAUGGUAUGGCUGGCAGUGGCAGCGGAGGUGGGUCAGGUGGAUCAGGUGGGUCUGGAAACAUGGUGGGUGCAAUGGCAAGCUAUGGAAAUGAGCUUGCCAUCUCCAUGUACAUGUCUCUUUGGAUGCCAGCGCUUUUGGUUGCAAUUUAGCUCCUCUGAGUCAUGCCACAGAAAAGAACAUAUAGUGUUUCGCAGGCGGCAAAUUCCUCUUGGUCUCCAGACACUGGAGAAUGUACCACUAAGAGAUGGAAUUUUCUUUUUCUUGGAUGUUUUGGAUGGAUCAGUCCACCAACUGGAACUCUCUGUGCAUGCGUACCAAUAAAACCUGCUCUUUUUUCCUUCCUAUUUCUCCACUUGUUAUCUAUGGCCGCGCAGAAAAAUGUCCUCUUGAAAUUA